AUGAUUAGAUUAUGUCUUUCUCAAAAUAUAAAGAUUAGAUUCUCAUUAAUGAAACUUACAGCUGAUCUUAUUUUGAGAUCACCCGAUACUAUAAACCCAUGUAAAGACCGUGAAUUAAACUUGAGAGAGAAUAUGAUAUCUGUAAUAGAGAAUAUAGGUGCAACAAAAGAUCAAUUCGAUACGAUCGAUUUUUCGGACAAUGAGAUUACUAGACUUGAGAAUAUGCCACCUUUGAAACGCUUGAAGACUCUGUUUUUCGCCAACAAUCAUAUAACGACGAUCAGUGAGGAUUUUUGCACGUCGCUGCCCGCACUGACAACACUGAUACUCACAAACAACAGGUUGGUCGAUCUCGCUGAUCUCGAACCACUCACAAAGCUGCCGUCACUCAAAUAUCUGUCUCUCAUGGAGAACAUCUGUACAAAAAAGAAGAACUACCGUUUAUACCUCAUCAACAUCAUGCCACAACUAAAGAUUAUCGAUUUCAAAAAGGUCACACAGGUCGAGCGUGACGACUCUAGAGCAUUGUUUGGUCCAUCGAGAAUCGCUAAAUUGAAACAUCAACAACAACAACAACAAAACAACAGUAGCAAUGUGUUAUUGUUAAUAUUUAUAUUACUUUAUUUCAUUAUUAAUAAUAAUAAUAAUAAUAGUCCUAAUAACGACUACUAUUUAAAAACAAUUAUAUAUUUAAGUUUCAAUUCAGAUAUGAUGGUUGAAAAACCAAAUGGUGGUAGUGGAUCUACUUUAGUUUAUAAUGGCAACACUCAUGGUAAUGGCAAUGGCAAUGGAAAGUUGAAUAGAUAUGACGAAGACGAUGAAGAGAUGGAGGAGGGCGAAGAGAAAUCGACUAUCGAUUUGAGAAUGUCGAAACUGAAGAAUCAACAUGAAUCGGUGAUCACCGGUGCCCACGGUUCCUUCCUGAUGGACUGUGAUCAUCGUCCCAAUCAUAUCUGUUCAUCUUCGACAUGCAACGGUAAUCCCGACAAGCAACAUCAUCAUCACCAACGUCAAAAUGGUAGUAGUAGUAGUAGUCAUUCGAAAUCAUCGUCAUCAUCAUCAUCCUCAUCGUCAUCAUCAUCAAAAGUUAAAAAUGAUUAUAAACAACCAUUGCCUAUUACAACUAAACAGGAGGGUGCAACCAAUGGACGUAUGCCAAGAAAGAGUGGAUCAUCGCAACCUUCGAUAUCGACUAUUGUCAAGACGAUGACCAAUCCAAUCACUCCGAUGUUGUCGCCUUUCAACGAAACCAUAGUACAGAGUACAUCGAUAUCUGAAUUUGGUGAAAAUGACAACAGUAAUAGUAAUAAUGAUCAACAUAAAUCAAAUGGUGUUACCACAACAACAACAUCAUCAUCAUCAUCAAAAUCAACAACAAGCAAUAGCACCAAUUGGAAAUCAAAUAAAUAUAGUGAUGAAGAGAAUGAUGAUAUGGUUACAACAACAACAACAACUACAUCAUCAUCAAAUAAUAAUAGCAAUAAGAAAGAUGUUAAACAAUCCACUACUAGUAAUAAUAAUAAUAAUAGUAAUGUCAAGAAAGAAACAGGAACAACAGAACCAAAUAUUAAGAAAGAGGAAUCUAAAAAAGAUUUAAAGAUUACUAUUAAACUUCCUGAUAAACAGAAAGCAAAGAAUCAACAAUCAACUACAACAGCAACAGCAGCAUCGGCAACAGCAACAGCAACUUCAACAUCAACUACAGCCGCAACUACUACAGCAACUACUACAAAUUCAAAUUCAUCAAAUAUAAUAGUUCCACCACCACCAUUACCAGAUUCAAAGAAGAGAAAACAAGUUGAAUCAAAUUCGUCAAUGACAACAACAACAACAACAGCAGCAACAUCAACAAGCAACAACAAUACAAAUACGAAUAUGACUGAAGAUGAAAGUACAAAGAUGGAUAUAUCCGAUGAGGAUGAAGAUUUAUUUGGUGAUAAGGAAAUGGAGGAAGAUAACAAUAGUAUUAAUAAUAGCAGACAGAAAGAAGAGGAGAGAUCAUCAAAGAAAUCGAAACCAGAUAACUCCAAACAAUCUAACAAGUCAACAACUCCAAGAGAUAGAUCAACUGAUAAAGAUAAAAACGAUAAAGAUAAACGUUCAGAUUCUCCAAGGAGAAAUAGUAUAGAUAAUUCAAAGAACAAGGAUAAGGAUAAAGAAAAGAGUGGAAAGAACAUCAAGAAGGACGAUAAGAGAAACAGUUCUUCAACUGCGCUUGCUACUGAUGUCAACGGUGGUGGAAGUGGAAGGGGUGAUAGAGAUAGAAAUGAAAGAGGUGACAGAGAUAGAAGUGAGAGAAGCGAUAGAGGUGAAAGAAGUGGUGGCGGUGGUGAUAGAAGUGAUAGAGGCGAUAGAAGCGAUAGAGAUAGUAGAACUGAUAGAAGCGAUAGAGGUGAGAGAAGCGAUAGAAGUGGGGGUGAUAGAGAUAGAGAUAGCAGAGAGAAUAGCAGCAGCAGCAGCAACAACAGAAAGAAGAAAGAGGAAGUGUUCAAUCCAUUCUCUGUUUCAGAUGCCGAUAGAAAGCAAAUAGAUUCGGAAACCAACACUACUACCACGACUACUAGUAGUAGUAGCAAUCAGUCAAAGAGAGGAAGCAGCGGUAAUGAGAAGAGUAGUAGUAAAUCCAGAGGAAGCGGCGGUCAAGACGACAAAGAUUCAAGAGAAAGAGAUCGUGACAGUAGAGACCGUGAUAGGGAUAGAGAUCGCGAUAGAGACAGAGAUCGUGAUAGAGAUAGAGAUAGAGGUGGCGGUAGUGGCAGUGGCGGCAGUGGUGACCGUGACAGAAGAGAUCGAGAUCGCGAUAGAAGUGAACGAAGUGGCGGAAGUAGCGGAGGUGAUAGAGAUCGAAAUAACAAUGAUAAAGAUAAAGAUAGAAAUAGAGAUAAAGAUCGUGCUUCUUCAAGCAACAAUAACAAUAAUAAUAACAAUAACAACAAUAAUAAUAAUAAUAAUAGUAAACGUGAUAGUGUUGAUACAUACGAAAUGGAAUCAACCAAUCGUCCAAAGAAAACAAAAGAAGAAGAGAAACAGAUUAGAGCAGAGAUUGAAGAGCUAAAACAUGAUGGUAAACGUUUGAAGACAUCGGCACUAUCUCUACAGGAAUUAGGUGAAGUCGAUUGCUUAGAUAUCUUUUUUCAAGUUGGACUUAAAUAUAUACAAUCUGCUUAUUUAAUGAUUGAUACUGAAGGUGCAGUAAAAGCAUCAAAUUGUUUCUCAUCGGCAGGUGCUUUCUUUUUCGGCAUUGCAAAGCUUGCUGGUAGUACUUUCAAGUUAGAUGCUAUAUGUUCAUUUUUCUUUAAAUGUGCAUCAUAUUGCUAUGCAAGAUCAUUCUUGAUAAAGAAAGAUCAACUAAGACAUUCGAGAAGAGAGUUGGCUACUCAUUUCCCAAUGAAGUCGUCGACCCUCACCGUACCUGGUGCACCCAAUUUAAAUAAUCUACAUAUCAAUUCACAAACACUACCUUCGACACCAACUACCGGUCCAUCUUCACCAUUGCCAUCACCGAGAGACCAUCAUGUUGGUGCUACCGGUAGUAGCAGCAGUAGUAGUGGAGGUGGUAACUCAUCUACUUCUACCACCUCUACGACCACCUCUACAUCCAACACACAACACAGUCUGUCAACCAACUCAAAAGUAUCACUCUACGUUAGAGACACCGAGGAUAUCUUCACCUACUUUGAUUGCAAUGAACGUGCCAACCGCAUCGCUGCAAACAACAAUCAGUGUAUGGUUUUCGAAGAUCACUUUGUAACUUCAUGUCCUGUGUUUAUUGAUCUCGUAAAGAAGGAAUAUGAUAGAGUAUCCAAACUUCACUAA